CUGAGACAGCUGGAGCCGACGCGCAAGGAACAGGUGCCUCAGGAACCCUGAAACCCAGCUGAGAUAUGACACCAUGCCCAGAGCCCCUGGUGAGGGUGUGGUUUCUGGAGACUUUGAGUCGUUUGUGAAAAAGCUCUUGGAGAGCCCUUGGCAAGGACAUUCUUGGCUCCUGUGAGGAAGGGGCUCAGGGGUCUGGGCCCCUCCGCCUGGGCUCCAGCUGGGCUGCAGCUAUGGACCGUGAGCUGGCCCGGCCCGUGUCCUCGCUAAGCCUGCCCAUCUGCAGCCACAUCCACCAUGGGCUCUGUGGUGUAUAUCACAGUGGAGCUGGCAAUUGCUGUGCUGGCCAUCCUGGGCAAUGUGCUAGUGUGCUGGGCUGUGUGGCUCAACAGCAACCUGCAGAAUGUCACCAAUUACUUUGUGGUGUCACUGGCAGCAGCCGACAUCGCGGUGGGAGUGCUUGCCAUCCCCUUCGCCAUCACCAUCAGCAUCGGGUUCUGCGCUGCCUGCCACAGCUGCCUCUUCUUCGCCUGCUUCCUCCUGGUCCUCACACAGAGCUCCAUCUUCAGCCUCCUGGCCAUUGCCAUUGACCGCUACAUCGCCAUCCGCAUCCCACUCCGGUACAAUGGCUUGGUGACCGGCAUGAGGGCCAAGGGCAUCAUUGCCAUCUGCUGGGUGCUGUCAUUUGCUAUUGGCCUGACUCCUAUGCUGGGCUGGAACAACUGCAGUCAGCAGAAGGAGGGUAAAAACCACUCGCGAGGCUGUGGGGAGGGUCAGGUGGCCUGCCUCUUUGAGGACGUGGUCCCUAUGAACUACAUGGUGUACUACAACUUCUUUGCUUGUGUGCUGGUGCCCCUGCUGCUCAUGCUGGGCGUCUACUUGCGGAUCUUCUUGGCAGCCCGGCGACAGCUAAAGCGGAUGGAGAGCCAGCCUCUGCCGGGGGAGCGGGCUCAGUCCACACUGCAGAAAGAGGUCCACGCUGCCAAGUCACUGGCCAUCAUCGUGGGGCUCUUCGCCCUCUGCUGGCUGCCCCUGCACAUCAUCAACUGCUUCACCUUCUUCUGCCCCCAGUGUGGCCACGCCCCUCCCUGGCUCAUGUACCUGGCCAUUGUCCUCUCUCACGGCAAUUCAGUUGUGAAUCCCUUUAUCUAUGCCUACCGUAUCCGCGAGUUCCGCCAGACCUUCCGCAAGAUCAUUCGCAGCCAUGUCCUAAGGCAGCGAGAACCCUUCAAGGCAGCGGGCACCAGUGCCCGGGCUUUGGCAGCUCAUGGCAGCAAUGGGGAGCAGGUCAGCCUCCGCCUCAAUGGCCACCCCCCAGGGUUGUGGACCAAUGGUGGUGCUCCCCAUCCUGAGCGGAGGCCCAAUGGCUAUGCCCUGGGGCUGGUGAGUGGAGGGGGUGCUCAAGAGUCCCACAGGGACACAGGCCUCCCAGAUGUGGAGCUCCUUAGCCACAAGCUCCAAGGAGCGAGCCCAGAGUUCCCUGGACUAGAGGGUUCCCUCACCCAGGACGAAGCAGGAGUAUCCUGAUGGCCCAUGGAGUUUGCCCCUUCCUAAGAGAAGGAAAUCUUUAUCUUUCUGUUUGGCUGGACCAGUCGCAUUGGGAGAAGAGAAGAGAGAGCAUGCCAGGGGACCCUUCAAGUGGCUGGUUCCCACUUUGGACUGAGAGGAGGGUGCCCUAGGCUGGAGCAGCAUGAGGCCCAGCAAGAAGGGUUUGGGGUCUGAUUCAUGUUGUGAGGCCCUGCACCAGGACAGGGCCACAGCACCAGCAGCAUUUUGGCUGGACAGGGCCUGGUCCCCCACCCCAGAAGCAUCUGAAGCACCACAUUGUCUCUGCAGAGCAGCUAUGGCAUAGCAGACUGGCCUGGCCCUGAGGCUGGGGAGUGGCUCUAACAGUCCCCCUGCCACACAUAUACCACCCUCCUCAGACUUUCCUAGGGUUCAGGAGCUGCUGGGCAUUUGACUAUUAUUUUUCCAGGAGAAAAUGUAAGUGUGAGGAAAUCCUUUUUAUUUUAUUAUCUCUCCCUCUCUGGCUGCUAGGUCUGUUGUCGGUCCUGCUGCUAAUCUGGCACCAGGAAUCUCUGCCCAGGAUUCUCAGGCAGUCCUCUCCCACUGCCAUGAGCUGCCAUGAACUUCCCGGUCCCAGGGUGACAAAGCUGGGCUUGGGGACAGGGAGUUGUAACAGAGCAGUGCCCAAGCAUGGGCUCAGGCCCCAGGGUAGAGGUUGGGGCUGGCAGGCCCUGAUGCGUGCUCAGGUAGCUCAGAGCCACCCAGUUAGAGGCCCUAACUGCCUUUCCUUCUAAAGGGAAUUUUUUUGAGAUUAAAAUAAAAAUGAGCCACAUUGUGUUUUAAAGUAUGUCUAAUGAGAA